CGACAAGUUCGCGCAAGUUCGUGUUUGUCCUUAUCACUUCUUAUGGUAUAUGUCGGUACUCCGAUUUAAAGCAUUUAAAGGUCUAAAUAAUGAGAACAUUAAUCCACCGUUUGCUGGUCCGAUGAAACGAUACCGCUAACAUAGGUGCGGCUUCCAUAGUUGAUACAGGGACGAAUAUUAAUCGGACCAAUUUACCGUUUCAAUGUUUAAUCGGCCCCGAUAAACCAAUAUGAAGUAGCGUUCCGUGUGACGUACCGAAUUUUCUGAGGUAAAAAUGUCUUUCCUGCGAGGUUCCGCAAACUAUGUUUGGUGCACAACUAGCGUCCUUGGAAAAGGUGCGACAGGUGCCGUAUUCCAGGGAGUAAACAAGAACAAUGGCGAGCCAGUUGCCGUAAAAACUUUCAACCAACUGAGCCAUAUGCGUCCCCACGAUGUACAAAUCCGUGAAUUUGAAGUUUUAAAGAAAGUCAAACAUGAGAAUAUAGUCAAGCUGCUGGCAAUAGAGGAGGAGCAAGACGGUUGUGGAAAAGUAAUCGUAAUGGAACUCUGUACCGGAGGCAGCCUCUUCAAUAUACUCGACGAUCCAGAAAAUACGUACGGCUUGGCAGAAGGAGAGUUCCUCCUUGUUUUGGAGCACCUAUCGGCUGGAAUGAAGCAUCUGCGAGAUAACAAUCUGGUACAUCGCGAUUUAAAACCUGGUAACAUAAUGAAAUUCAUCGCGGAUGAUGGCAGUACCAUUUACAAACUGACAGAUUUUGGCGCAGCGCGCGAACUCGAAGAAGAUCAACAGUUCGUUUCGUUGUACGGGACCGAGGAAUACCUACAUCCGGAUAUGUACGAACGGGCGGUCUUACGCAAAGCAGUUGGUAAAACUUUCGGAGCGACCGUCGAUCUAUGGUCGAUAGGUGUAACGCUUUAUCACGUGGCCACAGGAAAUUUACCAUUUAGGCCUUUCGGAGGACGUAGGAACAAAGAAACGAUGUUUUACAUAACCACGAAGAAAGCGUCAGGAGUCAUAUCGGGCACUCAGACGUCGGAGAACGGUCCGAUCGAGUGGAGCCGAGAAUUACCGCAAAACUGUCUACUGAGCGUAGGUCUGAAGAAGAUCGUCACUCCGCUCCUCGCCGGGUUACUGGAAGUCGAUCCCAAGAGAAUCUGGAGCUUCGAUCGUUUCUUUACGGAAGUAACGGACACGCUUUGUAGAACACCGGUGCACGUAUUUAACGUACAUCGAGCGAGUUCCAUCAAGGUCUUCCUACAUCCGGAGGAGAAGUUUGUCGCGUUACAGGCACACAUUCAAGAUCAAACGGAGAUAAUCGCACCCGCUCAGAUUUUGCUGCUGGGGAACACCCCGCUGACCGACAUCGUGGAGGAAUCGACCCCCGGCAAAGGAUAUCCGGAUACCACGGAAGAGAAGCCGCUGAUGCUUUUCUCGCGCGAGAACAACAACGUCGUCCUACCGAUCGAAUCCGACUUGCCGAAAUUUCCGGUAUUCGCAAAUCUCGUUUCCGUAGAAAACGAUCCUGGCCAAGCAAAGGCGGCGUGCUCCGCCGGCCACGUGUGCAAGCGAAAGAUCGACAAGCUGUCGCGGUCCAGCAAGUUGUCCCAGGAGGCGGUCAAGGCAUUCGCGGGCCUAGGGUGCGCCGAGCUCUCCAGGGUGCUGGAGAAGUGCCAGCGCUUGCGGGACCUGACCAAGGCGACAGAGGCCAACGCCCUGGCCGUCGAGAGGAGCGAGAACUUUGCCCGGCAGAUCCUCAGGAGGGUCGAGAGUCCGGUGAGCCUGGAGCCGAGGAGUUGGAAGAAGGACCUGGAGUCCAGGAGCAAGGAGCUGUCGACGGGGCUGGCGCCCGCCGUCGCCCAGCUGCAUCAAAGGUACGUCAAGGAGGGGAACCUUCGCGGCGAGUGGCUGGCCAGCACUCGGGGCCUCCCGUGUCCCCACGCCGCCAAGGCGAGUCAGAGGGCCGCCACCCUGGUCGACCGGCUGAGGGACGGCUGGCAACAUCUGCUGCGGGACCGGGCCACUCGCAGCUUGACCUACAACGACGAGCAGUUUCACGUUCUGGAGCGCAUCAAGGUCACCGAGACGGGGCGCCGGAUCAAAGCCCUCCUCGAGACCGAGUGCGCGCCGGCGAUGAUGCAGCGGGCGGACUACCUGGCCGACUGGUACAAAAUGGCGCAGACCGUGUAUUUGCAGACCCAAAUUUUGGACAAGGACGUGGACAACUACGAGCACGCCCUAGAGGCGUACUCGUACCGUCUCUUCCAGGAGAGCAGAGAGCGCCACGAAGUUCUCGCGAGGUCUCUCGACGGUCUUCCCGGCAGAUUCAAGACGUCCAAGAAGUCGGAUCUACCUGGCGAGGAGAGCGCAAAGGUCUGGAGAAGCAUUUGCGACGUCAAAGAGCAGAUAUCUUUCGUUUUGUACGAAAACGAUCAAUUAUUGGACCAGCUUCAUCGGCUCGCCGCGCUCGGUGCCCUGGAAGAGAUGAACACGGAGGACUCCGAGUACGAGUUGUGACGGGAGUACGAAGACCGA